AGCCUGGCGACCCCUACAAGGGGGCCGGCGGAUAUAUGCUAGUGAUCUCACUUGUCCAUUGUGCUCGCAGUCGUUCACUCGCAGGGACACUUUGCUGCGACAUGUGAGGCUUCGAUGUUCGGCAACUGUUGAGGCUCGGGCUCAGGCGCUACAGAUCCCAGUUGAUCAGAUACCCAUUGCUGCCCGAGGCGCCCAGCCUUCGGCAGUGUUGCGGAGGCCAGCUGCUGCCCGCUCUGAUGGCGAUGUUCAGCGACUGGGACGUGGCGGCAGCGACGGUGGAGGGCGGCAGGCGCAAAAGGGCAGAGGACGAGGCGGAGGCAGAGGUAAAGGACGGGGACGAGCAAGAGGUGCAGCCCAACAUGAAGAAGCUGGUCCUGGCGAUGGCGAAGUGCACGAUGCAGUUAGUGGACGAGCAGCGCAACACCGCCAGGAUCGACAACCUCGUGCUCCAGUCGUCGAGCGACGGCCCCUACGCGAAGCUGAUGCGCAAGCAAGAGGAGGAUUACGCAAAGGAGGGAAAGGUGGCAAGAGCAAAGGCAGUGGAAGACAAAGUUGAUUACGGCGGACACCCGCACGGUAAGAAACCAGAUGUCUUGGGUAGGGCUUUGAUGGUACGUCUGAGCCAAUUCCUUCAACAGCCUGGUAUGUUGGACAAGAUUCAGGCGAGUGGACCGACGUUGCAGGCUAUCAAAAAUGUUUGUGCUUUUGGUGAGCGUGCUAAGACUGACUCAUCCAUUCGUUGCCAGCGUGCCUUUCGUGUGGAAGUUGAUGUGGACGGAGUAUCAAUGGAUAAGUGGAUCUUCUAUUUCCCACGCGAGUCUGUGAUGAAUGACCUUCGCAUUUUGAUGGUAGAUCGCACGCUCGAGAAAGUAGGCAUGUACCUCCUUGAAGAUUUUGCUCCGAGGACUGCUGCUGCAAAGAUAGUGGCGGCCCUUGCGUUCAAGCCAAAGAAUUCGAAAGGCGGUCCCUCGGCUAAGAAGAAGGCCAAAAAGGGAGUCUAAUCAGUAGAUGAGUGUCGUGAGUGACCGAGGCACUGCGCAGAGGUGUGGUGCUGGUCGCUCGCGGCAGAGCCUGGCCACAGAGGUGGUCAGCGCUGCGGGCGAUGCCUCGUCGUGCCCGCGGUGUCGCAGGAUGACUAUAACACGUUAUAGACGCCUCGCUUGAAGCCUGAAGGGGUUGAGCGCUGUCA